AUGGAUUUUAUCUUCGGGCUUGCACCAGAUGGCCAAGACCGAACGGGUAUUCUGGUCUUUGUCGACAGAUUCAGCAAGAUGACACAUCUGGUGCCUGUUCAUGCAACGAUCACCGCGGCUGAGACCGCGGUGCACUUCAGUGACACUGUGUUUCGCCAUCACGGUCUACCAGACAACAUUGGCUCGGACCGUGAUCCUCGUUUUACAUCUGCUUUUUGGACGUCAUUGUUCGAGUUGCUUGGCACAAAGCUGCAAAUGUCGACAGCAGCCCAUCCGGAAACGGAUGGGCAAACAGAGCGAGUUAAUCGGGUCCUCGAAGAUGUUCUUCGAAGUUAUGCAACGUCCUUUACAAGUUGGAGUGCGUUUUUGCCACUCGCGGAGUUUGCACUAAACAACGCGGUUUACGCGUCAACGGGAUUGACGCCUUUUUUUGCAAAUUCGGCCCGUCAUCCUCGUGUACCUACUCUUCUUGCCGUGGGUCAGCCCACGGCUCUUCGUGGCUCCACUCUGGCGGGGGGUGAAAACGAUAAACAACGAUCGAGUGAAGAUCACGGUAUUCUGAGCGCGAAUGUUGUCAACCAUUCCAAGGCGAAGUCUUCUGUUUCGACGCCACAUGACGUGGCGUCCCCGCUCGCUCAAUGGACUGCACAGACGCUGAUCGACCCUUCUUCGAGUAUGCGAAACCCUAAAGCUAACUACGCGCCGAUUGAAUCGGCGCGACCAAUUGAUGACAUGGCUGUGUCAGAGUUUAUACUCCAACGUCAAGCCAUCACGAGGUUUGUACGCGAUACUCUUCGAUCUGCAGUGUAUAAACAGAAAGCGAAUGCAGACAAACGUGGAAGAAAGAACACGAGUACAUUCAAAAAGGGUGAUCGUGUAUUGUUAACUACCGAAGGCCUACGAGAUUCAGCAGUAACCAAUCUAGGCGCGAGCAAACUCGCGCCACGUUUCAUCGGACCAUUCACGGUACUCAAGGCGAUCGGCGUCGAAUACACGCUGGCCAUCCCUUCGUCACUGCUACUUCACCCUACCAUGUACGUCGGGCGGCUCAAGGAGUACCGUCCAGCUACGCUUCACGGGUUGGCUCCGUCCUCGGAGUCAAAGCCUUCCCUCUCGCCUUGCUCGACGCGCCAGCGACAUCGGACGCGGCUGCGUCCCAGUCUGCGCGUGCCCAUGAACCUGGCGUUCCAGGUUCCGCAUCCGUCCAAGCAGCUCGCGCUCGGUCAAGGGCAGCUUCAGCCUCCAGCUGGGCAUCAACAGCCUUGUUCAAAGCCGCAUCUACAUCGUCCUGGGCAACCAGGACGCCAGCAGUACCAUCGUGAGGGUCCACCACCGCUUGUGGACGCGGAAGGCCAGAAGCGCUGGAUUGUGGAGCGUUUACUGGGUCACGAGGACCCUCGUCGCGACACCAUGAGCGCGCGGUUCCAACCGCGCGCAAGUAUCGUGUACGUUGGCUCGGGUUUCCACCCGAGCAGGAUACACUUGGUCGACGACCUGUGUGUUCUCGCGGUGAGCGAGAACGAGAUGCACGACGACGGUGUCGUGGUGAAGUGUCACCACGACUACGAGUCCGAGAGCGAUUGCGAGAACGUCGUGGUGACGUUUCACCACGACGACGAGAUGAAGAGCGACGACGAGAACGUCGCGACGAGCGUGUAUCGCGACGAUCACGCGAACGAGAACGUCGUGGCGAGUGCAUGGCACCACGACCUCGAGAACGCGAGUGGUGUCGCCAGCGUGACGCGCCACGAUUAA